CUGGACUGAAUCUUAGAGUUUCCUCACCCUGGACUUUGCUCACUUGCCUCCUUCCAGUGCAUGACACAGAUUAAGUAACUGUUACAGCCUGGCACCUGCAGUUUCUACCUUAUCAUCCCAGAAUUUAUUCUCCACCGACCAUGUGUGCCAGCUUGACCGCUUGUGAGUGGAAGAAAGUAUUCUACGAGAAGAUGGAGGUGGCAAAGCCGGCAGAUAGCUGGGAGCUCAUCAUAGAUCCCAACCUCAAGCCCAGCGAGCUGGCCCCUGGCUGGCAGCAGUAUGUGGAGCAGCACGCCUCGGGCAGGUGAGAGGAUGGACGGGGAGGGGCCUGAGGCAGCCCUUGGGUCCCAGCCCUGGGUCACCUUCCAAGGAGAGACUCAUCCUGGCAACAGCAGGUGGGAACUCAGAGAAAGAACUGCUGGUUGGAUUGUGGAGUUCUUGGCUCUAAUCCUAGCUCUAAUCCCUAGCUCCUGGGAAAGUUAUGUUCCAUCUUUGGGUCUCAUUUUUCCACAUUAAAUAAGGGAUUUACUAUCUUCAAUGCUCCUGCACUCACUGACAUUUAAAAAGUGAUUGGAACUGAGGGAAAGCCUCAACUGAGGAGUUGCAGAGGGUGUGCUCUGAUCUUGGGUCUGUUCAAUUAAUCCAAUUUGACUUGAAUGCAAAAUCAUUUAUUGACCACCUUCUGUGUUUUAGAAACUGGCUCUACUGUAGACUAGCUCUGUGAACCCAGGAAUGUCCCUUUCCCUCUUUGGCUCUCUGUUUUUCCAUUUACAAAACAGGAGCUUGGAUUUAGAUGCUUAGUCAUGUCCCUUCUGCCUCUGUUACCUUUGGGCCCAUGACAAAAAGGUUUAACUUUGGGCAGGACUCCCCACAGUUCCUUAGGGACAGGUAUAGGAGCUGUGCUUGUCCACAGAGUAGUCUAUUUAAAGCCCAUAUGCCUCUCCCUCUCCUAGAACAUGAUUUAGGGUUGGGGCCACAGAAAUCCAUCCAGACUGCAUCAGGGUCAUGUGCAAGGUCUGUGUAAGCUCCUUCCCUGGGCCCGUGGAUCCAAGGGAGGCCAAUAGGUGGCUGUGUUCUGGAAAGGUAGACAGAACUUGGACACAAAGCCUGAGUUGUAUACACGUGUAUGUUUAUGAAACUUCUUGUGGUACAGAAUAGUGUUGAGGAUGGGAACAGUAGAAGGCAGGCUGUGGGCAGAGAGCCUACAUUUGUCCUCUUGCAAGUAUUAGCAUGAGCAGUAUUUGUGACAAAAGACGGAGAGGCAGAGGUUGGCUGGUUCAUGUCAAUUCAAAUCAACUCACAAGGCAUCUACUGGGCAGGGGCACUGGCCUAGCACCUAGCUGGCUGCAUGGCAUGGAUGGCUCUCUUACCCUCUGAACCUCAGUCUCAGCUUGGUAAAAUGAAGGGUUCACUAGGCGCUUCUUAAGCUACUCUGCCCCCAGGGUGAUAUUUUUGAAUUAAGAUCUGGGGCCUGGGUUGAUGGAGGGGACACAUCUCUGGACUGUUUUGAUUUUAAAAGGUGUAGGAGGAGAUUGAAAACACAAAACAUGUAAGCUGGCUGGUAGGUGGGCGCUAAGGCCUGGAACUUGAGUGCCAGGGCUCAGGAGUUUAGGAGUUAAGGUUGGGUUCAUAGCUCCUCUUGCCUCCCGGCUCCCCUAGUCUUAUUCUAGGCUGAUGACCUAUAACUUCCAGCGGACUGAGCCAAGGCUGGAGGACUUCUGCCCUUGUGCUUAUUCUAUGCACAGGCUCACUUCACCUCUAAGCCUGAAGGUGACCUGCAGCACUGGCCAGCAUGGCGGUAGUGGUGGGGGGAACCCCUUCUGGCUCAAGACCGAUGAGGCACCUCUGCCAACCCUGCCUUAGGCUGUUGAAUGUUCAUGUUGUCAGACUCUGGGGGUCAGGGGCUGGUUUGGCUUCAUCACUAUCCCACAGCCCGGCCAAAUGGUGCUUCGCAUAUGGUAGGUGGUAGGUGGUGUCUGUUGGAUUAAAUUGAUCCUUCAUCAGAGGCCCUUCACAGUCACUGUACAAUGGGCCCAGAGAAGGUCAGUGAUGAGGACUCAGGCCAAGGGACACUCAACUGCCUAGGAAGCCUCUAUAACAGAGUAGGAGGAUGGAACUCAUCAUCAGGGAUGGAAGGAAGUGCCAUGGAGGUAAGGAGUGCUUUGUCACUGAAGGCGUGCAGGCACUGCCAAGGGUGGAGGGCGUGUGGCUUGGCUAGGUGAUCUCCAGACAGCCUCCUCCAUGCUCCCCAAGGCUGGGGCUAUAGGGCCCAGGUUAGACUAAGUGGCCUGUGGCAUGUAAGUAUGUACAUGUGUUUGUGUGUGUGGGGGUGAGGGUGGGGCUGGAAAGAGGAUCAGAAUGCACAUUCUCAAUCCCUGCUACAGAGCUAGAGUGGGAUCUAGAGAUUACUCGUUAGGAGAUUGGGGAGUGUCCUUCGUUAAGGUGUAGGCACUGAAUAUGGUAGUCCUUCCUGGGUCUAGUCCACUCCGCCAUCUGCCCAUCCAUCCAUCAUGUUAUUCCUGAGGACCUGCAGUGUGCCAGGGAUUGUACUGGGACAGUUGAAGGCAUCUCUUAUCCCCAGAGCAGUCAGAUGGCACAGGUCACCCUGGCCCCUUAUCAGAGCUGCAGGAGGUCACAGAGGAAGGACCCUGAUUGAACACCAUCACAGUGCAUCUCACAGAUGAGAAAUAGAGCCCAGAGAGAGGGGUGACCCUGCCCAGCGUCCAGGCACAAGGCCUGAGUGCAUUAGGCUUGGGAGGAGCUCAGAUGGCAGGUGUGUGCGCAGGAGAGAGGCUCCACAGCACUGCUGGAUGACAGAUGGCUCCAGAGCUGGCUCUGAGGAUGCUACUGGGUCCCAGGGGCCCAGCAGGAGGAGGCCUAGCCAAGGAACCCACAGGGUGGUGAAUACCCUGCCUCCCCCUUCAGGCACACGCACACAGGCAGCUGCUGGGAGGCCCACCUUCUCCGUCAAUCCUUCCCCUCCCUGCAGGUUCCACUGCUCCUGGUGCUGGCACACCUGGCGGUCGCCCCACAUGGUCAUCCUCUUCCACAUGCACCUGGACCGUGCCCGGCGGAUGGGCUCGGUGCGCAUGCGCGUCUUCAAGCAGCUGUGCUACGAGUGCGGCUCGGCGCGGCCGGACGAGUCCAGCAUGCUGGAGGAGAACAUCGAGAGCCUGGUGGACAACCUCAUUACCAGCCUGCGCGAGCAGUGCUACCGCGAGGAUGGAGGCCAGUACCGCAUCCACGUGGCCAGCCGCCCGGACAGCGGGCCGCACCGCCCCGAGUUCUGCGAGGCCUGCCAGGAGGGCAUCGUGCACUGGAAGCCCAGCCAGAAGCUGCUGGCAGAGGAGGCCAGCACCUACGCCUCCGACGCCUGCAAGCCGAGGGCCCAGGGGUGCUGGGGCUACAACUUCUUCUCCCUUCGCUGGUGCCUCUUCUGGGCCUUCCUCGGCCUGCUCGCUGUCUACCUGCAGUUCUCAUUCCGCAGCUCCUCCUUCCUUUAGUGGAGCUGGGUAGGGCAGGAAGGAGGGCGCACCGGGUGGGAGAGCAGACGGUGGGGGGUGGCUCUGCACCUGCUGCGGAUUCACUACGGCUCUGCACAACCCAGUCGCCUCUCUGGGCCUUAGUUUAUUCCUCUGCAG